AUGUCACAGAGAAUACUUGGUGUCGAUGAAGAUGGUUUCACCACUUUGAUCAAUAUGACAGAACAGCUGUCAAUUGAGAAACAAUCAGAAAAUGAUUUUCCAAGAAACAUCACAUCACAAGUGCUCGGGAAUCUAGUGGAAUCUAUUCGCCCUCGAGAUCCUACUAUUCAAUCAAGAAUAGAAGCGAUAGUCAAUAAAAGAAAAGCCUCGUCCUUUUCUACAACAACAAUCAAUUCAAAGAUGCAUCCAAGACUAUUACGACGUUGUGGUGCAACAAUGACUCAAAUACGAAUUAGUAUCUGCGAAAAUUUCAAGUUUUUUUAUCAGGUUCGAUUGAAUAGAAGUUAUUGCACAAAUACUGAAUUCAAUUUGAGGAUUGUGGCGUACGAGUUGUUGGCGUUGAAGCAACCAAACGUUCCUGUUUCGGCUACUGUGUUGAAGGAUAUGGAAAACAGUAUUGAAAAAUGGGUAAAAAAAAAACGACUCCCAGAUAACAAGAUCAUCCCGAUAUUAGAGAAAUGGAUGGAAAGUCAAAUUCCUGCAUUAACAUCUGAAGAGCAGAAACAAAGAGAGAUGAAGAGAAUAAUCAAGGUCGAUAUUUGA